UAUUCCACACCCCCUCUGACCAGGCACCCCCCUCGUCACACCCCGUCCCCGUGGGACACCCGCGUGGGGUGGACCUUGCCCUCCAGACAGAGUUUGGACCCGGAGCUGCAGGGCUGCAGGGGAUCCGUUGCCCACAUGGAGGUCCCCAAGAAGCUGGUGAACUCGGUGGCCAGCUGCGCCGACGAGGCUCUGGCCGGGCUGGUGGCUUGUAACCCCGGGCUGCGGCUCCUGCAGGGACACCGGGUGGUCCUCCGAGCCGACUUGGUGGCCAUCCGGGGUCGGGUGGCCCUGUUGUCCGGUGGGGGCUCCGGCCACGAGCCCGCCCAUGCAGGGUAUGUCGGCAAGGGCAUGCUGACCGGCGUGGUGGCUGGUGCUGUCUUCACCUCACCGGCUGUGGGCAGCAUCUUGGCGGCCAUCCGGGCCGUGACACAGGCUGGGGCAGCCGGGACCCUCCUGAUCGUGAAGAACUACACCGGGGACCGGCUCAACUUCGGGCUGGCUCUGGAACGGGCCCGGGUGGAGGGGGCCGACGUGCGGAUGGUGGUGGUGGGGGACGACAGCGCCUUCGCCGCCCCCAAAAAAGCCGGGCGCCGGGGGCUCUGCGGCACCGUCCUCGUACACAAGGUGGCGGGGGCCCUGGCCGAGGCGGGGGCCAGCUUGGAUGAGAUCGUGGAGAAGGUGUCGGCGGCCACCAAAGCCAUGGGUACACACACAGGACCCCUUUGUCCCCUGUGCCUUGUCCCCUGUUCUCCCCAAGUGCUACCGGCGGACGAGGCGGUGGAGACGAUGCUGGCACACAUGACGGACCCCUCCAAUGCCUCCCGCCUGCCCCUGAGCCCUGGAGCCUCCGUGGUGCUGGUGGUGAACAACUUGGGUGGCUUGUCCUGCCUGGAGCUGGGCAUCGUGGCCGGCGCGGCCGUACGCCGCUUGGAAAGCCGAGGUGUCCGCAUUGCCCGGGCCUUGGUGGGCUCCUUCAUGACGGCGCUGGAGAUGGCCGGGGUCUCCCUCACCCUCAUGCUGGUGGACGAGGAGCUGGUGGGGCUGAUUGACGCCGACACCACGGCCAUGGCUUGGCCCAACGUGGCCCCGGCACCCGCCACCAGCCAGAGAGAGGAGGUGCCAGCGCCAAAGGAGGGACAAGGGACCACGCAGCAUGAGACCAGCACGGGGCCUGGCGCGGCGCGGGCGCGGAAGGUGCUGGAAGGGGUGUGCAGCACCCUCCUGGCCAUGGAGGAGCAGCUCAACGAGCUGGACCGUGCAGCAGGGGAUGGGGACUGCGGCCACACGCACGCCCGGGCUGCCCGAGCCAUCCAGGAGUGGGUGCGUGCCCGGCCCCCCCCGGCAGCCCCGGCCCAGCUCCUCUCCACCCUGGCUGACCUUCUUCUGGAGAAGAUGGGGGGCUCCUCCGGCGUGCUCUACGGGCUCUUCCUGACGGCGGCCGCCCGGCCCCUGCUCGAUGGCAACGACCUCCCAAAAUGGGCUGAUGCCAUGGACGCCGGCAUCGAAGCCAUGCAGAGGUACGGGGGAGCUGCGCCGGGGGACAGGACGAUGUUGGACUCACUCUGUGCUGCAGCACAGGCUCUGCAAGCCCUACGGAGCCCUGGUGCCAACCUGCUGUCGGUGCUGGCCACCGCCGUGCAGAGCGCGGAGGCCGCGGCAGAAGCCACCAGGCACAUGGUGGCCGGGGCGGGCAGAGCCAGUUACAUCAGCUCUGCCCAGCUCCUGCAGCCCGACCCCGGGGCGGUGGCGGUGGCAGCCGUGCUACGGGCCGUGCUGGGGGGGCUGCAGAGCUGAUGGUUCCAGUGGUGAUGGCAGGGUGGGGGGGGGAAGCUCGGCAGCACCCCCCACGUACCCCCAAUAAACCUUUUGUGGACCCCCCAA